GUCUAGAUUCUGUGUAUUUUUAGACCCAAUUUAGACGUUGCACUUUAACUCAUUAUUCGAUAACUAUUUAUUUCAGAAAGCAACUGUGAGUUGCAUAACUAAUCUCCAAGUACUUGACCAAAAUAAUUAUGAUAGCUGUUAAGCAAUUUAUGGUGUAGUAUAGAUAUAGCCCAGAUUUAGGUUUAGUCUAAACUUGGUCUAAAUUUAGACGUGUGGAAAACUUUAAUUUUUAGACCUGUGGUAGCCUGAUUUUAGACCAGUUGUCUAGGCUACAUUUAGACAUCUAUUAGACCUCUUUUAGACCGAAAAAUGCUUAGUGGGGAGGUUUAAAGAUAACACAAACAGACACAGAAAGUAGGGCAAAGACUAAAUACACAGGGGAGGUGAGGGUAAAUUGACACAGGUGAGAUAACAGUCACAGGUGAUGACAAUAAAAGCACAUAAGCAAAAGACAGAAAAAGCCAUGAAGUAGAGCAACAAGCAGAAGAAAAUGGUGAGACACACAAUGAAGCAGUGUAUGAAAACUUGACAAUAUAAUGAAUAAAACAAAACUUUACAACUACAGGUACUGUUUCCAACACUAAUAUGCAUGUAGAUACCAGUAUACACGUGGAUAUCAACACCAAUGUGGAAACCAAUGCAAACAUGGAUACCUAUACCGAUGUUGAUACAAAUACUAUUAUUGAUACAAGUUCCAAUACCAAUAUACAUGUAGAUACCAAUACCAUUGUGGAUACUAAUACUAAUGCGGAUAUCAGUACCAAUGUUCUAGUGAAUACUGAUGUGAAUACCAUUGCCAAUGUGGAAACCAAUACAAAAAUGAAUACCUAUACUAACAUUGAUACCAAUACAAAAAUGGAUACCUAUACUAAUGUUGAUACCAAUACAAAAAUGGAUACCUAUAUUAUUGAUACAAGUUCCAAUACCAAUACUGUCAUUGUUGCAAAAUUUUCAAUACCAUUUACCAAAAUGAUACCAGUACUGUAAGUAACAUAGAAACCAAAACCAAAAUCAUGUCGUGGAUAUUAUAACAGAUAUCAAUGCUGCUACAGACACUAUAUCAGUUGGGGUCAACUGGGCUAGUCGACCAGCUGUACAUGCCCAACACUAAGAAGAACUUUUUGAGGGCUUAAAGAAUUAAUUUUUGCCGUGCCAAAUAAACAGGGUCUCUAAAAAACGCCUUGGUUUCCAUUACUGGGAGCAUUUGCACUGAGUUUGCUGACCUGAGAAAAAACAGGGAUCCAAAACCACUUACUGUUUAAGACUGCAGACAACUUGAGCAAGAUCAUCUGGCUUUGUAGAUAAAUCUGUGGAUCUUCAUGGAUAUUAUGCAUAUGAUUAAAUCUUUUAUUGGACUUUAAUCAGAACAGAAGAGAACACAGAGAACAGAUUAACUGUCAUCAAAUGAUGCCAGUACUGAUAGGAAAAUCAAUACUGGUCACAAUGGCGUCAGCACGAUGAUUAACUUCCAGUAACUUGCAUUUCUGUUAUCCUACUGGUGCAAACGGAUAUUUAAAGGGAUAUUCCGGCGUAAAAUAAAGUUAGGGUCAAACACGAGUUAGACACCCCGUCAGGAGAUGAAUGUUGCCAACUGCUUGCUUCUCUAGUUAUACUAACUUUAGUAACGAGCGUAGAUAGCAAUACAGAGAGCCACGCGCUCAACCAAAAAGCCACUCUAUAGCCACAACUAAUGCUCAGAACAGCACCUAACUUCAUCAACAGUACAUAUAGGGUCCUAGCCACAGCACUAGCCACCAAACAUCUUUUUAACUUUGCCUGAUUUCUUCAGCAAAGAGACUAAACACAACUCACCCACUCUCUUCCGGCAGCCUCUUGUUUGUACGGGCGAGUCCAUCGACUGCAGCAGGGUGACACAGCUCAAGGAAGAACAUUAAUGAUCAUUUCUUCAUGGAAAUGCAAUCAGACCAAUGCAGAAGAACUACCACAUCUGCAGUGCAAAAUGAUUAAUAUGAUGAUUAUUAAUGAUAAAGUAAUGAUCAUAAAUGUUCUUCCUUGAGCUGUGUCACCCUGCUGCAGUCGAUGGACUGGCCCGGAGGUCUCUGUAAAAAACAAACAAAGAGAGUAGCUGGAAGAGAGUAGGUAAGUUGUGUUUAGUCUCUUUGCUCAAGAAACGAGGCAAAGCUAAAAAGAUGUUUGGUGGCUAAUACUAUGGCUGGGACCCUAUAUGUACUUUUGAUGAAGUUAGUUGAGUCUAACUCAGUGUUAUGGUGUGUUUGGCCCUAACUUAAUUUUACGCCGGAAUAUCCCGUUAAGACUGACCAGGUUUCGUGGCAUCAAGGCACUGGAACAACGUCCUUUAACAAGAGGGACAUUACAUGACAUCUAAACUGUAUACAUACUUAAGGGUUGCAUAGCCGGAGUUGAUCCCCACUUUAGUGAGGUGGGCUACACCCUGGGCAGGUUGCCAGUCAAUUAAAAGGGCUUAUAAAUAGUGAUGACAACCGUUCACUCUCUUACAAACAAACUCACACCUCUUAACCGCACAAGCAGGUCUUUGGGCUGUGGGCAGAGGCUGAAGAACCCACAGAGAACCCAUAAAAGCAAAAGGGCAAUUAUACAAACUCCAUGCAGACAGUCUUCAUCUGACUGGAGGAUUCAAACCAGAUACACCAUGCAGUGAGGCGACAGUGCAAACCAGUUGCUGCUUUGAUACAAGAAUUUUAAUCAGUACUUCAAAGAAACAGUUAAAGAAUCUAUCCACCUUUUUUUCCAGGAUAUUUAACCCUUUUUUAAUAACGGUCCAUGCUUCUGCGUACAAUGAUUUGAGCAGUUGCUAGGUGAAGAUUCUUGGGCAGUGGUUGGUGAUAAAAUUUGUUUGAUUUUUUGGCACAGGUUCCAGAGUAAAAAGCUGUUGGCUCAGUAUGUAGUGUGUCCUGCUUUGUGCUGCAUACAGUUUUUUUUAUGCACCUUCACAUCCCUCCACUCCCCACCCCUCGCCCUUUAUUAUGCCGCACAUGGGUGGACAUGGGACCCAACUAGUCCUGCUCCAGCUGCAUCUGCCUUUGCGCCACAGGGAAUGAUCUGUGUUCGUGUGUAUAUGUGUGUGUGUGCCAGUGUGUGUAUGCAUAUGUGUGCGUGAAGGCUGCCAGAAAAUAUGGGCAGAGGGGAUUGCAGGGGUUCUGCACUCACCAGAGCCAUUCACAGGCUUCAGCAUCACACAGUUGAUUCAGCACCUUGCUAAUAGCGCACACAUUAAACUGCAGCACAUGGGUGGACAUGGGACCCAACUAGUCCUGCUCCAGCUGCAUCUGCCUUUGCGCCACAGGGAAUGAUCUGUGUUCGUGUGUAUAUGUGUGUGUGUGCCAGUGUGUGUUUGGAAGAGAGAGAGAGAGGGGGAGAGAGAGAGAGAAGAGAGAGAGGGGAAGGCAGAGAGAGAGAGAGAGCGGACGUGUGUUAGUGAGUGCUGGGAGGAAGGAUGGCUGCUCAUGUUUGAACUGCCUCACAUGCUCAAAGGAGGAAAAGCCAAGGCUAAAACCCAGAGAAGAAGAAGACGUCUUGCAGGAGGAAACAUCUCGCUCAUCAUUUUUGGAGAAGCAGAAAAGGUUUGGCAAUGCCUGCUGAAGUGAAAGAGGUAAGUGUGUGUGUACUGGAAUGGCUCUAUUUGAAAUGUACCCUCCCUCUUUUUUUGCCUAUCAGGUUUUUUUUUUUUUGCCUGCAGAGAACUGUACACCCUGCACAGCUUUUGCAUUCUGCCUCUGUCAUGAUCAAUGAAGGAGGGACCAAUCGCUUCACCUCCUCGCCUCUCAAUGCUGCUGUUCGGUGCAGUCUCCUUGUAUGCAGGGGGCUGGGAGGAAGGAUGGCUGCUCAUGUUUGAACUGCCUCACAUGCUCAAAGGAGGAAAAGCCAAGGCUAAAACCCAGAGAAGAAGAAGACGUCUUACAGGAGGAAAAUGCUGCACACACUCUGCUAAGUGUAUUGCCGUGAUGUAUCAGAGAGGCAUUAAAUCUGACCAUGCAGCAUUUAACUAUUUGGGGAUCAGGGGAGUGCAAAUCUGCUACCAGAAACUUUGCAAAGGGAAUACCCAUCCCUCUUUUUGUUUUGACCUGUCAUGUUCAAUCACUGUGUUCUCUAAAUAGACCAGCCUGGUUGAAUUAUGCUGAACAAGAUGUGUUGCGUAAUGGACAAUUGUCUCUCUGCAGGAAACAAGUCUUAAAUAAGAAUGAAGGAUAACAAUGCACAGUGACACGUUCUGUGAAUUUACACUGACCAGCCUGAGCAUGAGUGAUUCAACAGAUAGUGGAGGGGCAGAUGAGUUGUGACAAAGUUGUCACUGAUGUUUCCUGACAUCAGUGGACUGAUGUCGUGUUUUAUUAUCUCUCAGGCGCACUACUCUUGCAGUCCCACUGUUGAUAGAGUCAAACUGCCAAUUAAAGCAAGUCUUCCUUCAAGUUUGAUCAAUCCAAACUGGCCUUUCCCGGCUGAUUAAACCGUAAUUGAAAGCACCCAUUUUUCAGAUUCUCUUUUCCGUCUGUGAAAUGGAUUUGAGACAAGUUUGAGUCAUGACUUGUGACUGUCAUGCCCUUGAGCUGGUUACUGAAAAAUUUGAAAUCACCCAGCAUUAAAUCUGACUCUGUGCUCCCAAAAAUAAUACCCUGGCUGUAGCUGGCCUCAAUACUGCAAGUGGAGGGGAACAAGAUGCUAAUCAUGUCAUCCUGUCUCCUGCAUGGCUGCACCUAACAUCUAUAUCCCUUACCUCCUUUUUUUUUAAAAAGCAAAGUCAGAUUCAGAAUCAUCAACUCGACCUAUUUGGCUCCACGAGCAUGCAAUUUCUCCCAUGUGACCCCUUUCAUCUGCUCGUCCCUCCGACACAUUUUGUACAAUGGAUAUGAGGGGCUCUUGUGUUUGGUGAGGUGUUUGAAAGGCGAAUCAAGCUUUCUCUCCACAUUCACUGCAGCCUGAUUUAAUGCAGAGGAGUUUGAUUCUCAGCACUUGUUCAGUUUAAUGCCGCAGCCACAGUAAAAAAGAGAGUUUGGGGAGAUUUUAAAAGCUUAUUUGUUUCUUUUUUUUUCACCUCUGUGUAUUUUGUGUCCACGCUAUUUAGUGAUACAAAUCAGGUGAGGUGCAUUUCUAUCAUAUCUCUUUAGACCAAAACUGGCUCUGGGAUUACAAAUGAAGAAUUUAGGAAUUAAACUGUUCAUAAAUGAUGCAGUGAAUUUGAUUUUCUGUGAUUUUCUUUGAUUUUGAACGAGUGAGUUAUUUAAAUGAGCCUUGACUCACAGAAGGAGGCCCUCAGACAUAAAAGCAGAUAGAUUAGAUAAGCAGAUAUUGAUAGAGAUUAUUAGAGCAGCCAAGCAGAUCUUUGGAGGACAGGAAGAUUCCGUCUGUUCAUUUAAAAAGCCGCCUAACAAUAUAUCCAAUCAACCUUCCCCAGAGGUGUUUGGGCCCGGAUCAUCUCCCCUCUGGUUAAUGAAAAACAUUUUGUUCGAGAGACAAAGAUAAUUUAAGUUCCACUUGAAAAGGCAAGGAAAAAAUUAGAGAAAUGUCCACAUGUUGUAGCAAAAUAACAGCUGGGGGGACAGAGUUAAGCAGAUGUGGCGGUUAAUCAGGACUCCUUAUAUCACAUGACUUGAAAGACAAGAAGUAAUGGCUCAUGUCCAGUCUCAUAAUAAUGUAACUGUGCUUUAACAAAGGGCUUUUUUUAUACCUACACAAUAAGAGGGGGUUCAACUGGAACAAACAACCAUAAUUAUUAUUAAAAAGUUAAUAUCUGCAUAAAGAAGCGGCAUUGUAGCAUAGCAAAUAUUAAAACUAGUUUUGUUUGGUCCUCUUCUUUAGACACAGCAGUCUGAUUUGCAGUAAUUCAACCCCCAAACUUGCAGAUUAAGGGACAAAAUUCUCCUCUCUGAACUCAUCACAACAGUUUAAACACUUGUAAAGUUGGAUGACAACUUUAUCUAUUUAAAAAAAAAGGCUUGAGGCAAAAUUUACACAAAAAUUCAUCCUGAAAGUUCAGACAUUGCAUGCUUUGGCUCCAAUAAAUGACAAACCACUCCAGUGCACAUUAACAACUCAUGCAUGAACGCAUGCCUCCAUUAAAACUGAUGUAUCAGGGAUAUUUUUUUAAUAUUAUAAACAUCACCGAAAAUGAAAUGCAGUCUAGUCUGCAGAGAAGGAUGUAAGACACUUGAGAAACCUUUCAUCUUUAUGGAAUAAAAGCUGAAUUUCAUCUCUUUUAUUGAGUUAUAUCUCUUAAUUUCUUUUUUUGCUGUCCACAUGCGAUCACUGGCGGGAGAGCUCUGUGCUCGGUUGAGUAUUGUUUUCCAUUUGACAGACUGCCCAAUAAGAUUACAGCCAGCAAUAAAGAUUAAACACACAGAAAAUGUCUCUCAUUUCUCAUAAAUGUAUUUGUCUUCUCUGAGUUUAUUGGCAUUUCUCAGUCUGAACUCAAGAGUGCUUGUUUCAAGUUACUGAAACAAAUUAUGGGGUUGAAAUGAGUUUAGCGCUCGUCUCACCGCUCAUUUUUAAGCAUUAAGUGCUGCUCCCUUAUCAUGUAAAGACAGCCUUGAUUACAUGGUGGGCCGCUGUAAAACAAACACCAAGUACUUAAAGCUCCUCUGACGACUUUUGAGUCGGUUAUGAAACUCACAGAAAUUAAUACAGUUGCCUUCUUGUGACCUACAAAAUACAACACCAUGAGUGAGAAGAUUAUUCUCUUUAUAGUUAUUUUUAAUUCCUGGAACUGAUGCCACCGGGUUGAUGUCAAACCAGGCGAUUAACAGCAUGCAGCAGAGAAAGACUUUGUUUAUGUUUAUCACGGCUCACAGCGUGUGAUACGCUUCAGUCAAAAGACAGCAGGAUGACUUUUUCUGUGAGGAAACGCCACUUAUGUAUGUUUGGGAUGGGAUCAGCGUGGUAAAUGUAGUGCUUCCAUCGAAGGGGAAGACGGAUCAACAGGAAAUAGUUUACCUAACUGAAUAUCUGUUUUGUUUUUUUGUGUGUUCUAGGAGCAGAGUGCAGAGGGUCCUCCUCCCCCGCUGUCUUUGUCCCAGGAGGCUAAAGAAGCAACUCUUGAUAACCCAUCCACUAACGAAGAACUGGACACGCCCACCUCCAUAGCCUCUGUCGUGACCUCGACCAAUGAGAGCUCCACAGAGACAGACACCCCACAGCAGACUGACACAGAGGUUCAUAUCAUCGAUGUUUGUUUGAGAUUUUGAUCUAUUGAUGAAAAGUACAGACACUAGAGUCCCAGAGCACUUAAGAAAACUUUUGGGGACAUUCCACUUCUUCUUCCUAAAUAAUAAUCAACUGUUUUUAACUUGUGAACACAUAUUAUGUUAUAUAUUUGACAUCAAGUUUUCAGUGUUGUGACUUAGAGAGUCCAAAAUAACAAAAGAGGUUUUUGAAAAUAGGAAGAGGACUUAAAAAGGUUUUACUUUAGUUAUUCAGGAUGAGUGUAAUAGACUAGCUUUAAAUCUUAAAAUCAAUUCUAUUUUUAUAAUAUGUCAUCAUUAACCCUCCUCCUGUGUUAGGGUCUGCACUGACCCUUUUUGUUUUUAAAUGCUUAAAAGAACCACUUAAAUUAGCUUUUUUGCAUCAAGACUUUAUGACUUUGCCAGGAACCUCUAUUUCAAUAAAAUAAGAAUAAAAAUUUAAAUUGACUAAAUUAUAAAAUGCUCUUAUUAAAAUUAUGGCACUUGUUGUGUUAGGGUCGCUGUUGACCCGGUUAGAUCAAUAUCUAAUAAUUAGAGCAAAAACUGAAAUCAUAAGUUCACGGUCAGGCACCACACUGACAGUCAGAUCCUCUUCCAAUCAUGUGAGAUUUAGGAAAUUCUCAUUUUUCCAUGUUUUUUCCUCCACAAAAAACAACGUCGGGCAUGUCCAGACAUACGAGAUCAAUUCAGUAUGUCUGUAUGAGGGGUAUACUGAUAAAGAAAGGCCCAGAGGACCACAACAAAAACUAUUAUAAGCAAUAUUUUCAUGGAUAAUGAAGCCUAACAAGGUAACCUAGAGAUGAGAACCAACUUGGAUGAUAGAGAAAUGUUUUAGUGUAAUUUACAGCUGAUUUAAGACACGGGGUCAAAACCGACCCUUAACAUGGUGGGUGCGCAGUAAAAGCUAACACAGGAGGAAGGUUAAAGCUCCUGUGUGGAAUUAAUGGUUUGUGUCAGCUCUGGUGCCUCUGAUGAACAAAGCGAUGAUUUGCUGAUACUGUUAGGUGAUUUGAUCAAUAAAAGGACAUCAGUCUUAAUGCCAGUCUGUUCCCAAACUAGAGAAAACCCCUCACAGAAGCUUUAAGUAAUACUUUCUUUCUGGAUUAUGCCUUAAAUUGGAUUAUUAUCCGACAAUCACAGACUUUGUCACUCCCUAUAAAAGUGUGUUCAGUUUCACAGUCUACUGCAACCAAAUCACUGUGUUUCACUCAUACUGACAGCGAAAGAAGAGCACUGCACCCUUGAUCAAUGGUACCAUGAAUUCUUGAUGCGUUUCAACACCAUGUGCUUUCAAAAGUACAAUCUGCAGAAGGCAGUAUUGAAAAUUACUAAACCUUGUGAAAAUGACAGAGCAACAGCCUCAUUUUCAACCCAAAGCAGCUGUGAAUGACAGAGAGAGAGAAAGAGGGAGCAGUAGUGAAUAAGUAGCGAGGAGACAAAGAGAGUGAGCAAAUGAAAACAAAGGAGUGAAACAGAAAGUAAGAAGUUAGUUAUUAGGAUGGCAAAUAUUUUUUUGAACCUUCUGUGUGAUGCUAAAUUAUGUGUGCAUGAUAUUACAUUCUGUUGCUGCAAUGAAACAAUAUUUUUUAUUAUUUUUAGUUUUAAAUCCAAGUUCAAAUCUCUAGUAUUGAGACAUCCCGACUCUGUUGCUACAUGUUCAUGUGUUUAUGUGCAUAAAAUAACAAGUUCUGCUCACGCUCUGAAGAGUUAAAAUCAAAAUCAAUUUACUUACCCGGAUAAUUAAAUUUACUCUGCUUCUAAACAGUGGCUGGACCUCAAGUUGUUUCAUCAGAGUCCAAUCUAAACUCGUUUUGAGUGAGGAGAUUUCAUUAUUUUUUGGCAGCAAAGAAGAAUUCAUUAUUUAUAUUUUGGCUCAGAAAGCCAGAAAAAAAAUCAGAAUUGAUAAUGAUUGAUCAUCACUGUGAGAAAUUAGCAGGGGUUGGCUGUACACUUUUGAUGAGAGAUAAACACACACUGUGGGGAACAGUAACACUUCAGUCCAUUCCAAGUAAAUUAAGACCAAAUUGCUCCUGCUCUGACUAAAAACACACCAAUUUGGUGGCAUUUAAUCGGACAGAGAAGACCUGAGACCUUUCAGACGAAUGGGAUUUUAAAGACAAAGUUUAAUUAGGCUUUUGUGGAGAUAAUAGUUGUUGUGCAUCAAUCUUUGUAGGAGUCCAAAGCUGUUGAACAAGAAGGUGUCGAACAAGAAGCUCCCAGUGAGACCCAGGAAUCCGCAGAGACACAGCAGGAGACCAUCCAGACAUCAGACACACCAGAGCUCACAUCCACUCCAGAAGUCCAGGAAAACACUCCCACUGAACCUGCUGAGCAACCUGUUCUUGAAGUGAAAACGGAACCCUCCGAGUCUGUAACACCCACAACAACGACCUGCGUCACUACAACAUCCCACCCUGAGGUAGCACAGCAGCCCGGGGAGCCACAGCUGGUGAACUCGGACAGGCAGAGCAGAGUUUACACCCUCCCUGACAGCUACAGAGGCAUCAGUGGUGACUUAUGUGCCGGGUAUGGGAGCCUGUCACGCAACACCCUCCACGGCUACUGGCCCACCAAGAACUACCAGCCUGGGGCUCACUACACCUUACCCUUCCUCAGAGACAGCUACGCUCCUGCAGGACUCAGCAGCCAAUCAGAGGAGGAUGUAAUUGGCGACCGGGGAGAAAACCCACUGGAUAUGAAGACUGACCACCCACCAGCUGCCAGUUACCCAACACUUGGCGGGAUCCACCAGUUCAGACCAAUUACAACUAUGGAGCUCCUCAGGGAGCCCUCAAGAACCAGGUAAGAGGAUGCUGCAUUGGAUCAAGCUUUAUUUAUAGAGCAAGAGAGACUCUGUAAAUGGAUUUCAAGUACACUUGUGGUUUCUAUAUGAUGCCCGGAUGUUGGGUCAAAUACAUAUCAGCUCCUUAUAGACUUCUAAAGGGCCGAGGCAAAGUAAACUGUAGAUAUUUAUGUGCUUUGGAAUAUACUCUCUUAGGUACACUCAGGCAGCGCUAACCUUGUCCUUUGAAGUACUUUUGGGAUGUGGUGUGUUUAUUUGAAAUCAAUCUGUUCUGUCCCAUUAAAGUUUUAGUCUGGUUUGAAAGCAGACAAGGAAGGUAGAGGGUACUCAGUCUUUGUCACUGGAACAUCAAUAUGGUCCUCGAUAAUGAGCUCACCUUUAGCAAAGCUUCGUAGAGAGACUCCAGAAAGCCAAUACACCUUUGAUUUUAAUAGCAAGAGUAAGAUAGUUCAGUUUUUAUGAAAUGGGAAUAGGAGGAUAUGGUGUCGAAAACAAUAUUUGGAGGGUAGAAAUGACCAAAUGCUGAAAAACCAAGUUCAUUAAACUCCAAAGGUCACCAGAUUUUUUAUCCUGGGAAUAUUUGAGUAAACUGUAUGAUUAAACCUUGUCACCCUGGCUAAUCAGCACUGGAAUUACUGAUUGUCUUAACUAAUUAUCAUUACUUUUACUAUUGCAGACCCAAAAUGCUGGUCAUAUGUUGUGUUUCAGCCUAUCACUAUCUUGGCCUGUACGUCCAGUUAAUGGCUACAACUGUAGUGCUAUUGCGGUGCCCUACUACCUGGGUUUAAACAAGCACAGAUGACAAAUAGACUUUCAUAGUACGGUGUAGUUUGGCAGUAUUUUGAUAUAUAAAUGGAGAGAAAGUUUUAUGUAGGCUGUGUCUGGUUAAACAGGUUUAGAAACUGAGUGUUUUCUAAGUUUGGGUUGAGAUGGUUGGACAGACUAGGAGAUAAGUCCUUUAAGAAUAUUCCUGAUCAGUGCAUUUUGUUUCAACAUUUCUUCUGCACACUCUAUAAAGUUUAAAUACAGCCAAAGGAUGUGUAGUUUAUGGAAAACAAAAAUGCUAAACCUUAUUUUGUUUUCAUGUCUGGCCCUGAAUUUGAUUAAUCAUUUGACUUCGAAUGCAAUCAUGGAAGCAAGCCAGGCCCAAAAGAAAGUUCUAUAGAAGUAAAAAUAUUUAGUUACAAAAUGAUGCAACCAUUAAAUUACUUCCAAACUAAUUUUAUUACAAAAGACAUGCAGCAAUGGUGAUAUUUAUUAGAGUGGGUAGCCAUCAAACUACAAAGUAGCCUCCAUUCUGUUACCAGAGAUCAGCCCGGACAAUAGAAAGACAGAUGGACAGCAGUUAAGCAGCAGCUGGUAUCAAUCAGGAAAGGCGGCCUGCUGCAAAGUCAAUAAAUAAGGAGGUUUCACCUGUUAUUGCCUGCCAGGAGCUUUUCCUUUGCCCAUAUAAAGUGACAGAGCUGUUUAGAAAAGCUACAAGCUACACACUUAUGCUGUUAAACUCAGUGAAGCUCAGUCUUUAGGCUCACAAAAGCCUUUUAACCCACCUUACUCAACCUGUGGAACUUAAAAUGAAUACUUUGAAAAAUUGGGAAAUACUAUCACCCAAUUCUGUGUUCAUCUUAAGCUUAGAAAAUCAAUACCCAUUUAUCUUUUAAAUGUGAGAAUACAGCAAAAAAAUUGAAAGCACUAGGAUUGUAAGAAUCAGGGGACAUGUGGGAGAUAGCCAGGUUAGCAUCAGGGUUUGAGGUAUGGAGAGAUGGCUUUGGGCGGGUUUGCUUGGCAUUGAUGCAGGAGGUGAAACAGCUAUAAGCCACUGACCGAGUGUUUAGGUUUGAAGUAAAAGGAAACCAGGUCAUCAAAGGAAAGAAAGCAGCUAGGAGACAUAAAACAAAAAUUCAAGAAUUUAAGGAAAUGGACAGAUUUCCUGGCUCUUUCUAAAAGAUUCAAAACCUGCCUUGAAACUUUUUGUCUGUGUCACUAUUUAUAAUUGUCCAGUGAGUGAUUCAUUUGUCUUUUAAUUUAGCAAAGAAGCCCAGGUGUUAGCUCCAACCCAGCAGCUCUGGAGUUUUGUUAAACACAUUUUUCAAUCCAUUGUUCUGUAGUAUUGUGUAUUUGUUCAGACACUGUGGCACAGGUGGUCUGCCAGGUUGAUCUAUUAUGGGCUAGAAGUUCAACAGAGAUGGGUUUCAUGUUGCAUUGUUUCAGGGGUUUAACUGAAGUUAUAUUGAUGCUGUCUAUGUCCACCAGCAGCCCAUUUUGCAAAGCUUAAUUGUCCAUGGAGACUUGUGGGAGUAGUAUCCUCAAGCAGAUAGUAUGCAUUAUUUAGUAUGGAUGAUUUUCUAUCACUGCCUCCGCAAUGCUUAUGGCAUUGGUCACUGAAACUGUGUUGGUGUUGAGAAUGUGAUCUUUAUAUUAUACUUGCUGCGGAACCUUGGAGGGGAUCAUAUGUGGAAGGAGUGUCUGAUUUCUGCCUCAUCAAGCCCUACGUAAAGAGAGAAAAUCAAUGUAUUUCCUAAAGCACUGAUUAAGAUGAUGUUCUCUUCCUUCUCAGGGGUGGCUACGAUGAUGCCUUCAUGGCCCAGCUGGAAGGGAACCUGAACCCUUUCUUUCAAGCCAUGUGUCGUGCUCAGACCUUGCAGUUCCCUCACAAACGCAGCAGCAUGGUCAGCCUGGACAGUAUCCGAAGAGACCCACGCUGGAGAGAUCCCAACCUGCAUGAGGUGAUCUCGAUGCUCACCCACCCAAUGGACCCAGUCAAGUCCAAUGCUGCCGCCUAUUUGCAGCACCUGUGCUAUGAGAAUGACCGCAUCAAGCAGGAGGUGCGCCAACUGAACGGCGUGCCAAUCUUGGUGGAAUUACUUGACCACCCUAAAGCAGAGGUCCACCGCAAGGCCUGUGGAGCUCUGCGUAAUAUAUCCUACGGCAAAGACCACAAUAACAAAAUGGCCAUCAAGAACUGUGAUGGCAUCCAAGCUUUAGUCAGGCUACUGAGGAAGACAAGCAGCGUGGAAGUCAAGGAAUUAGUCUCAGGUAUGGCAUGAUUCAGGACUUGUAAUAUGCUACCCUUUAUUUCACCUCUACAGGCUGUGUUCUCUUUACCUUGCAGGCACACUGUGGAACCUCUCCUCACACGAGCCUCUGAAGAUGGUGGUCAUCAACAACGGGCUUCAAACCCUGACCGAUGAGAUCAUCAUCCCACACUCGGGAUGGAGAAGAGACUCGACUGACCCUUCCAAAUUGCUGAGUGCUGAGUGGACCACAGUCUUCAAGAACACGUCUGGAUGUCUCAGGUAACCAAAUGAAAAGAGCUACUGAAAGCUUUCUUGUAAUGGAAUGAGUUCUCGCAGCUUUGAUAUUAAGUUGUCUCUGCAGGAACGUCAGCUCGGACGGAGCAGAGGCUCGGCAAAGGUUGAGGGACUGUGAGGGGCUUGUGGAUGCGCUUCUUCAUGCUCUUCAGUCAGCAGUCAUCAACAAAGACACUGACAAUAAGGUCAGUGAAUUCAUCACACGAUAUCUGCCAAGUUUGUCGAAUCUUUUUGUAAAGGUAUCUUUAAACUACAAAAAAAACCUCUUUAUUUGUGUAACUGUUUCAGCUGGUACCAAUCUUAGUAGGAAAACAAGCGCAAGAGUGUCUUUAAGACUUUUAGUCAUUCUAGACAUUUUAAUGCCACACUGUGAAUUUGAGUGCUUUUUUACAAGUGGUACCAAUCAGUGGUGAUGCAUUAGGACUCACAUUUGACAGAAAAUAUGAAUGCAGAAGAAUUUAAACUCCAUCGCUUUAAAAAUCUGUGACUGAAAUCUCUGUCGUUGUUCUAGUCGGUGGAAAACUGUGUCUGCAUCCUGCGAAACCUGUCCUAUCACGUUCACAAAGAAAUCCCAGGAACAGAACGGUUUCAAGAGCCUCAUUCCCAUCACCUAAUGAAGUCAGUGGGGCACCAGAAGAAGAAGAAUGAUUCAGACUGUUUUGGUGGGAAAAGACCCAAAGGUUAGUUGGUCAUCAUGCUUGAAGACUUCACAGUAAUCGUUAUUGCUUGUAGUUUUUCCUGCUGAUUUGCCUUUUGGCAAAUGUUGUAAACAGUUGUAGAUGUCUGAAAUCAUUUUCUCUGUUUGAAAUUUUCAUGUAAUUUCAGGGUGUCCUGUCUUCAAGCAAUAGUUUCACAUUUCUUGGCCCUUUUCUGUGGCAUAAGCCUGAAUAUUUCAUAACUGUACACAUCCAGGAGCUGAAAAUUAAUUGUGCUUGGCAGAAGAGUGCUAGACUCACUUGUAUUUUGUUACAUUGGUUUCAUGAUUUUUAUGAUAUUAAACUGAUGUAACAAGAAAGAGGAGUCUAACACUGUGAAAUAUUUGGUUGACAUGUGUAACUCAUGCAGCUGCUGUGUUCAUUACAGACUUAAUCUUGACUCAGUGUGUGAUCUUUCUUUUCUCUUCCCUCCAAACUGUGCUCAUCAGAGGAGUGGUUUAAUCAAGGUCAGUCUGCUGGUUGCUUUUCUUUUCAGCAGUUUUAUCGUGACUUGAUUCAUUGUUGAAUUUGCUGACAUUUUGUGCCUGUGUACUGAAUACUGGUGUUUGUGUUUGUUUGUGUGCAUGUUUGUAUUUAUGAUGUACAGGUUGGAAAAAUGGAUUUAUGGACAGAAAGUACGGUACAUUGGAUUUACCAAAACGUACUGAGCAAACUAAAGGUACACUUAAAAAAAUAAUAUCCACUUCAAAAAAGAUAUUUAACGGUUAAAUGAAGAGGGACUGUAAGUCGCAUUUGAACACAAGUAGCUGGGACACAUUAAUCAUUUUACAGGGUAGAUGAAUCAUGAAGAGUAUUCAUCAUUUAUCAAGAUUAAAGUCCAGCAUCAGUGGCUGCUUUCUGUUAUUUGCUUUGUAUGCAUGACGUUGGCAUGGCCUGAAAAAGAAAUCAUUGAAAUUCAAAGCCACACAUCAGCACCUGCACUACUUGAGGAGAGUUUCAUUACUAAAACAAAAUGACCCACCAACAGAAAUACUGAUAACAUUUUUAUCAGGCAAAAUCCAGAGGAGGAAAAUUUUCUCUGGCAGGCACUGGAAAUUGCUCGAGAUAGAGCAGAAGCCAUGGUCACUUCUAUAUUUUUUUCAUUUUGUCCUGUUAAAGUUUGUACUUUUUCUGCAGUCUUAUACCUUUUCUAUAAUGGUGGAUUCACUCUUUUAAUAGAAAAAUAUGUCAUAUUAGUACAGUAGGGCUUAAUGUGUGUAUGGAUGCGGCUGUUGUUGAAUUGUAGAUCAGAUUUAAGCUUGAGCCUCCCACACUCCAGCCGGUGAAUGCAAAUCAGAGUGACAAGCAUGUUACGGUCCAGGGUCAGCUUUAUACUACUCACAGCUAUCCAGCAGCCUUCACUGGCUCAGUGCAAAAAAGCUCUGCAGGAUUCUGACAGGCUUGUAAUAUUCAGGCAUAGAUUUUUGUUUGGGUAUAUUUCAGUAUCCUACCUACUGACCUUAACUUAUCUUAAUUAAAAAAACGUUGAGCAAAGUUAACAUAUUAGCAUUCACACAGGACAAAGCUUUCUUUUAUGCUCUUCGCCUUUUAUCACUGCCUCGGUUUCAUCACCGACUUCCUCUCCCUUUCUAUUUCAGGCUUAGAGCUGCUCUACCAGCCAGAAGUGGUGAGGCUCUACCUGUCUCUUUUAACCUGCAGUCACAACCACAACACCUUGGAAGCAGCUGCAGGAGCCCUGCAGAAUCUUGCUGCAGGACAGUGGGCUGUGAGUGGAUUAUCAGUUACCUCCUUUAGCCUUUACUUUUUAUGGAUAUACAAAAUGAUCUUUUAACCAAGGCACACUUUGUUGGCAUACACCAGCUAUUUGUUUUCUUUGACACUUAGACAGGCACCCAAAAUGAACUGUAUUAAUGUAGGGUUGCCAUGGUAGCUAUAAUCAUGUCCUUGUCUCCUCAUACAACACUCAAGGAGCAGAUCAUUUGUCUACAGAUGCAAUGAUUGUUAGCUCUCUGCUGUUUGGUUCAAAGCAACUGGAAACCCGAAGUCACAUCAUUUUCAACAACAACAACAUAGAAAGCAGCUAAAAGGAUUUGAAAUCUUUUUAAAAGCUCAUGUGAGGAGCCUUUUGCAAUGAUGAAACAGGCCUAGAUUUAUAUUGAUGCUUUUUUUUUGAUAUCCUAAAGAAAACAAGACCAUCUGCAACAUGAUAGAGGAUUUUUCAUACCCUAAAUUUUUAUGCUUAACACCAGCGCGAGAGGGUAGGUAUGGAUAAAUGAUACAUUUAACUGUUACAAGUUAGCAGGAUUAGUGUUUUUCAGUCAGAAGACACUUUCACGCAUGAAAAGGGUAAAAUUUACAUAAAUCAAAGUUCCUCACAGGAGCUUUAAACUCAAGUUUGAAACAAAAGAAGUUGAUGGAGUGGGCUGCUCAUGCACCACUCUCUAGUGUGCAACACACAUUUGUUGGAAACCAAUCACAGAAAUAGUCAUAUGGCAGCUAUCUGGCUAUUUAUACUCAACAUUUGCAUUGUCCAGACUCCAGAGGUGGUUAUCAGCAAACAUUGCUGUUGUGAGCAUAGCUGAAUUUUGAGUAGGAGAGUGCGGUGUUGGUUAUUCAUGAUCUGUUUCCAUCUGCAGGUGCUGCGCAUCAGGGAAAAGAGUUUAGCUCUAUAAUAAAUAAAUAAAAAAGUGCUGGAUAAUGGUGGAAAGAAAACAUUCGGCUUUGCGUUGAUUACUUUGGAAAUGAAAAUGAAUGUUACCAGUGUUACCUGUGUGUGCUUAUUGUUUUAUUACAGAGUAAUUUUGGGAAACUAGACAGUUUUGCUUGAGCUCCAGCUACUGUGCUGUUUACUAUUUCAAGAGGUGUUAAAGAAUACUCUACAUGCUAUCCUGCCAAAGGAGAAAAGGUGCAUUGGUUCAGUACAAGGUCAGGUUUACCCUUUACGUCUCGCUGCAGAGCUCAAAAUUAGGCCCUCCCCAUGCUUUACACGGGGGCCGUAUGCCUAAUUAUGUUUUCCUAUCUGGUUUUGUUGCUUUGCUGAGACUGCACCAAUGGACAGAGUGUGCAAAGCAAGAUAGAUUUGGCAUUGAUCAUCUUAAUCCAGCUGGACUGUCUAGAUUGGUUUUGUCACCACUGUGCAUGAUCAAAAAUCACUUUUACUGCUAUGUUCCCACAGGCCUGUCAAAUUAUGUGCUUUGCCAAGAUAUACUGGCCAUGAAUGUCUGUUUAAUUUAAGAUCAAUGCCAAGGCUGGGCCCAGAUUAAAAGAGUUUAACAGUCCUUUGAUUCUUGAAAUCAAGUUGCAUCAUACAUAGGGGGGCAGUUAAAGGAGCAGAAUUUGAAUCUCACACAUGGUACAGUUGGCUCUUUAUUUUUCACAUAGUUAAGGUUUUAUAAGUGGUUUUAUGAGUUGGAUAUAUGCAGAGAAAUAUCACUUUAUCAUAUAUUGUGUUUAUCUUGUAGUGGUCAAGCUACAUCCGAGCCACUGUGAGAAAAGAGAAAGGUCUGCCUAUCCUGGUGGAGCUGCUACGCUCAGAUGUGGACAAAGUUGUUCGAGCUGUGGCUAUUGCUCUACGCAACCUGGCAAUGGACAGACGGAAUAAAGACCUAAUAGGUGCAGACUUAUAACUCUCAUUUAUAGGGGCUCAACGCCUGCACACUCACUUCAAACUGUAUUUUAAGUUGUCUGUCUGUUAUUAUAGGAAGCUAUGCCUUGAGGGACCUUGUUGGUAAUCUGCCAUGCGGGCAGCAGCAUCCAGCAAAGAAUCUUGAAGGAGAUACUGUGGUGUCUAUUCUGAACACCAUCCAUGAGAUCAUCACAGAUAGCCCAGAGAACGCCCGAGCGAUUAUCCAGGGUCAUGCAGUGCAGAAACUGGUGGCCAUCAACAAGUCAAGGUCCUUCAUGGCUUUUAACUAACCUUUAAACCUAAAUAUCUGGAUAUAAACAAUAGCAUAUUAGUAACACAGCUUACUGCUCUGUUAAUGUGUUUUUUACUGCAGCUGCUCAGUGCUUGUUUGGAUCCCUAACACAGCCUUGAAGUGAAAGCUCUUGAUAUUAUAAAUGCCAUACCCAAGGGCAAUCAGAAAUUGAUUUUAAUCAUCAGGACAGCAUUGUCUCCAAGCUCUACUCCAUUGUUAACAACAAUGUCUUAUGAUUUGUUGUCAGCCAAUCAGCACGGGAGAUCAAGGCAGCUUCCCAUGUGCUCCAAACAAUCUGGGCCUACAAGGAUCUGAGAAACACUCUGAACAAGGCAGGCUGGACCAAGAGCCACUUCAAGGUAUUGCAGUGUACUAUGAUCUUGUACAUCAUUAAUUUGGUGAGGCAUGACUUUGUAAACCCUGCUUAAUGUGGUUCGAGGCAAAAUUAAUAGGAAAUAAGGAUUUCCGGUAUGUUUUAACAAAAAGUAGGCAAAAGGGAAUUUGUUCUUGUUUGAAUCAAGAAAUCUGUGUGUUAUAUUCUGAGAUACAUAAGCACAGAAACACAGGAUGCCCUGUUUGUGAAGUGUAAAAGGGGACAAAAAAGUCCAGCUGGUAGAAUCAUGUGCCCUCUAUACACAAGGGAGAUCUAAGGUGUGCUAAUUUCCAAGACCGACUUCUUUUUGAAAUCCAGUAUGAUGUCCUAUGCAUUAUUUUGGACAGUUAAUAAAUUAGACUUUAAGGAAAGCUUAAAUUUCUAGUCGUCAUCCAGUAACAAUAUUAUUUUUGUCUUUCUAAGCCAACAACUACAGGAGUGACUAAAAAAUCCAAGAGUGGGAAGCAGGGCAGUGAUGACAUCACCUUGCCGCUCAUGGACAAAAAUCAAGGUCAGCAAAUCACUGCACGCAUUCCUCCUGUCAGCAAAAUGUUAUUAAACCAUCAUCCCAAUGAGACGAGUGUCCUCUAGCUCUGAGAACAAAAACUGCUUUUAAACAGACCAGGCUUCUUGUCAUGUCAGAGAUGGAGAGAUGGGCAUUUUUAAACCCCAGACCAUAUUCUUCAGAACAUAGCCUCAAACCAAUGAUGUGCUGCCAAGGUUAUCAGUGCACAGACUUGGCUUAUUAGCCCAGACUGUGUUUUCCCAAAGGCAGGGCUGGCUCAUGCAUCACCAGUCACAUUUCAUUUUAACGCUACUCCAAAGGGCACUGACUUCUCCACGUCAACAGCGACCUCUGGCUUUCCUCUAAACAGCCAACUACUCUCAAGGCUUCCUUGUGAAUUAUGAACGAAGCUUAAACACCCUUUGAAAAAUGAAUUCAGGGAUACGGGUAUAAACUCCUGCCAAUGAAUUAUUGAAAGCUUUUGGAAAACUCAUUUGACUUUAAGGGGCAAAUGGUCCAUGCCCUGUCUGUGCAUCAGGUUAGAUCUGCAGUACAUACUCUCAAAACAAGUGCCCCAUAAAGAUGUUUUAGGUUCCCCCCGAAAAGUUAAAUGUAUAACCACAAAACUAAAUACAUCAUUAUGUUCAUGCUUAUAUACAAUGCUACAUACUAGUUUCUGACUCUGUCUUGGUUAGUCAUUAUUACUACAUUGUUUCUCAUUUUAAAUCAGUAAGAUUAGGCCACCAAUACCCUCAUCUUUGUAAAUCCCAGAUAAAAAUAUGUAGCUAAGAUACCAUAGAGUAUAGUCUGCUAAUGACUAUAAUUAAUGUGAGCUAGCUAGCACCGUUCUUAGUCAUGCCUCUUAAAUAGGAAGAAAAAAUCACAAAUGAAAACCAAAUGAGGGCAUAAAUGUGGAGCUGUUUCUCUAUUAAUACGUGAAUGAUAUACAGCCUGUUCACCAAUCUUCUUUAUUUUAAAUAAACAUAACUUGACGUUUUCAGACAAUGUUAGCUACUUUUUUGGCUUGCAAGAGUUAAUUAAGCCUCAUAGCAGGUUUUAACUGGUGACCAUUUACAGCAGAUUUAUUUCAUUUGAAUAAUUCAUUUUACUUAAAGUGGGACUUUUAUGCUUACUUUGGCUUUAUGUUGUCUCUCUGAGGUUCUUAGCAACUUUACAUAAGAUACAAUUCAAGAAAUUUGUAAAAUAUUUCAAGCUGUUGUGUUUGAAAACCCUAUUAUUAAUGUUUGUCUGGGAUGCUUCAUUAAAGGCACUGUCCCUUUAAAUUCCCCUCUGUAUCCCAGAGCCCAGCAUUCUAGAAGCUUCCUUCACUGUUGUCACGCAACAAAGUUGUGUUUCUUUUUAAUAAAAUUACAAAUUUGCCCUUUGAAGGAGAUUCAUCGUCUGAUGAUGUCACAAAUUGAUUAAAUGUCAUAUUGAUCUUGUUGAAUUGUUGUCUGACUUUUUGAACAAACCAUUCAGAGCACCCUGUAGUCCCAUCUGGGAAUUACUUUAACGCACAUUAACCUUGAAAAUGGAAACUUGGAAAUGUAUAGCACUGACGGCCAACAUUUUAACUUAAAAUUAGUUUUCAAAAUAUUUUAAAAAAGCAUAACACCAAAUCUUUAAUAUCUAUUGAGAGUGUCGGCCUGUAGUUUUGUCGCUGAAUUAUUGAACUCACCAUUUCAAAAGAAGACUAGUUAUUGUAGAUGACUGUUCAGCAUAAUCCCCCCCAAUAAAACCAUUUACGUACAUGCUUUUGUCUCCUGUCUUUUUCUAAAAUGUUUACUGCUUUUACAGUAUGUUUAUCCUUUAUCAUCUGUCCUUGCAGAUGUUUACUCCAGCUUGGAGCCAAAUGAUAGAGUUGGCGAUGGAAAAGCACCUGUUGUGGAAAGAGACGCACUCCAGGUAAUCUACUACUUGACUGUACUAGAUGACAUGACAACACAUUGAAUGAUAUUAUAAUUAGAAACUCAGUGAACCUGAUUUUAUUUCUUAUUUCUGUAUGAAAAUGAAGCAAGUAGUGAGACAGUUUUGUUUACUUUCUUACAAUUUGUUUUUAUAGAGCUAUGUUGGUGUUUGUUUGAAUGCAAGAUUGCUAACGCUGGUUGUUUGCAUGUUUCCCAACCUAGGCGAUAAGUGAGAGAAAACACUUCAUCAGAGCUGGCAGGCCUGCAGUUGGCCUCAUGGAUAACAAACCUCCACCACUGGACUCCUGGGUGUAAACACGACAACACAGCAAGUCGAGCCUGUUUAAUCCUGUAAAGACUCUUUCCAUUGGUGAAAUACACAUUUGUGCCAUUUGAUCAUUCUUGUACAGACAGAGAAAGUUAACCAAUUUCAACAAUUUUCUUUAUUUGCAGGAAAGAAUGUGCCAAACAUAUACAUGUAUUUAUUAUGAAGGCUAUUUGGAAAUAGAUUUUAUGGAUUUUGUCAUUUAGGAUGUUGUACAGUCUAUCUGAAGGUCAUGAUGGAUUGUGUGCAACAUUUGAAAUAGCCUAAAUAUGCAAACUGUGGUAAAUCAUGACUCCAAAGAAUAAAUUAUAUGUAAAGAUUAAAAUUGUACUGGUAGGUAUGAGAUAAUGUAUAACACUUCUAGUUUGUCAAAUGAUUAAGGUCAGUAUGAUAUGUGACACCUGUGUCUCCGAGGGGAGAUGAUAAUGUGAAAUAAUUUUCAUAUCAUCAGGAAAUAAUGUUGGUCGGGGGAGGGGGUGUUUAUUAAAUUAACCAUUUGGGAAUCAAAUAACUCUUGACAAAUCUGCCAUCAGAUUGGACUGUGCAGCCAUUAGCUAAACCUCUCUAUUCCAUUUGUUUCAGGAAAGGCAAAAUGGAGUUGUAAAUGUGUAACAAAGGACUGUUAAUAAUCUAAAUGAAGGUAUUUAUAUUGUAAUAUUUAUUGUAAUACCCAUGUUAUUAAUUCAAGGUUAUGGAUGUGUAUUAGCUAAUACCAGUAAGUGAUCCUACAUUAAAUACAACUCUGCUUUGCAGUGGUCCUUUUUGCAUUGCGAUGUUGAAUGACAAAUGAAAAUAAACCAUGUGCAUAUUUCUCAUUUUCAUUUGUGC